AUGGGCUGCUGCUUCUCGCGGCCUGAGGGCCCAAACGCCCCGUAUCCCGGUGGUGCGCCAUCGCCGUCUGCCCGAGCCAUCAACUCUCCGCCGUUGCGUUCCUCGUCCGCCGAAGAUGGCUCGGCGGCUUCCCAACCACAUCGCCAUCGAGUUCGUAGCCAGCAGCCGCUGUCGCAGCAUAUAGAUAAACCACUAUGCCGCCACGAGUGGGUAGCCCGCAACCGCGCAUGGACACGCGCCAAUCUCGACACCGAGCGAGCCGACUUCUUCGAUACGAGGGUGACGGGAAAGCCUGAGAUUUGGCAGGUUCUACACACUGCACUCGAGAUCAUGUGGGCAGUGGACGCGAACACCUCGGCUGGCGGGGAGCCUAAGCACGACGACGGCUCUGGUGGGCUGGCAACGGCCCAGAGCAUCUUGAAGGCUGCCGAGGUGACCCUCCCUACUGGCGACUUAGCGAAUGGCGCCUACGAUUCGUUGGGAAACUACUAUGCGCUUCCCGAAUGGAUUGUAUGCGAUCCAGUCAAUGUCGCUGAAGACAGCGGCACCCGGACGGGUAACGUCGACGGAGGCCGGAGAGGAAAGGAAGACCUUGCAGGCGAGGACACCACAGAAGACAUUGAUGAUGAUGAUGAAGAAGAAGCGCUUCGACGAAGAGAAGAGAAGGGCAAGGGCGUCGUGGAUGUCAAGAACAUGGUCAAGGUCCGUGCCAGGCUCAGCGAGAACUAUCCCGACGUCACCAUCAACGUGGGGCCCGAUGAGAGCGUAAGAAGCAUGGCGAGGAAGAUUGCAGAAAAGUCAGGGCUGCCAUCGACAAAACGUAUCCGUGUGGCCUACAUGGGAAAGAUCCUAAAGGAAAACACGUCGUUGCCGAGCCAGGGCUGGAGCAAGGGGCACAUAGUGAAUGCGCUUGUGUUCAACCGGUAG